GAACCUUCUCAUCCGAGCAGAAGGUCUUAAAAGACCCAUCCAUCUCCGAGUCUCCGACACCGAGAACGAAAAUGGAGAAAAGCUAAGGAUACGUUUUACCUCCACCUUGCUGAAGAUCGAAACUUUAAAUCAUUGCAGAUGAAUUAACAUCCCAACCCCCACAAACCCAAAUCAAACUGGUGGAUGGCUCUCACACGGAAUCUAAUCAGAGACGAAGAGCUCGGAGCGAUGUCAGACGACGACGAUUCGCCCUCGGGAAAGCGAUCUAAACUCGAUCGGUUCCCUCUUAGCCGAUGGGAACUCGCGGUGUCUCUCGGCGUCUUCCUCGUCUUCUCCUCUGGUCUCUUCUGCAUCUACAUGACAAUGCCCGCUGCUGAAUUCGUCAAGCUCAAGCUCCCAAGAAGCAUCUCUGAUCUCCGCUUGCUCAAAGACAAUCUUGCAGACUAUGCGAAUGAGUACCCGGCGCAGUUCGUUUUAGGGUAUUGCGCGACCUACAUUUUCAUGCAGACGUUCAUGAUUCCAGGGACUAUCUUUAUGUCGCUUUUAGCUGGAGCUCUCUUUGGGGUUAUCAAAGGUGUUGUCUUGGUUGUUUUCAACGCAACCGCAGGAGCUACUUCUUGUUUCUUUCUGUCUAAGUUGAUUGGCCGGCCGUUGAUUACUUGGUUGUGGCCUGAUAAGUUGAGAUUCUUUCAGGCUGAGAUUGGUAAGCGUAGAGAUAAGCUUCUUAACUAUAUGUUGUUUCUGAGGAUAACACCAACACUGCCAAAUCUGUUUAUCAAUUUGGCUUCACCAAUAGUAGAUGUGCCUUUUCAUAUCUUCUUUUUGGCGACAUUGGUCGGUCUCAUUCCCGCUGCUUACAUAACCGUCAGAGCUGGACUUGCCAUUGGAGAUCUCAAAUCGGUGAAGGACUUGUAUGAUUUCAAGACGUUGUCGGUGCUCUUCCUCAUUGGGUUUAUCUCCAUACUUCCAACAAUACUGAAAAGAAAGAAGAUAUACGAGUAAACAAGGAGAAGUCUCUUCACAAUACACAGGACAAGACUACACUUUUAACUGAUUAGAGGACACAGCGGAAACAAUAAUGGUUAACUCGCUUAUAAAUUUUUGUGUUUGUAUUUUCCAUUUGAGAGUAGAACUGAGGAACAGAUCAUAGAGUCAAUACUUUUCUUUUUUGAAUCCAGGUUAUUAUUUUA